AUGUUAUAUGCUUAUUUGCUUGACUCAAUAUUUCAGUGGCAGUAUGAGGAUUUUAUUGCAAUCAAACCCUCACCGAGGAACGCGACCAGUGAUAGUAAACAGGACGAGUUUGUCAUACACAUUAGACAGGGAAAAGGAGGAAAAAGGGAUACGAUGAGAUUUUCAUCUGAUUACACUGCUCACAUUCUCACUGAUUGUCUCCAAUUCAACAGCAAAUUUUCUGAGCGAAAUAUGGAACCUAUUGCAGUGAACGCAUACAAACAUAGUUGGUCUGAUCGUCGUCUUCCGGUCAUUCUGCGCGCCAACGCGGCUGCUAUCGAGCAAGUGGAUAGUCGAGGAGUUGUAAUCCAGACUUAUCCUUAUAGAAGGAUACGAAAAAUUGUGAAGAUGGAACUUAUUAAGGUUGCCGAUUGUCCCGGUGGCUUCAUAAUCGAUGUUGGUGAUCAUCAUCGAAGACAUCUUUUCGCUUCGACGAAUUGCGACGAUUUUCUCAAAGACGUACGGCGGAUAGCGGCUGAUCAUAUUGGUGUGAUUGUGCCCAUAACAAAGGAAGCCGCAACCCUCGAUGAGUUUGCGCGCACAAGGCUCGGGCUUUGCAGUCGAGAUGACCACAUAACGUCCUAUGCAGAAUUCAAGGUGCAGAAAUACGGUAGACGACAUGAGCAGCCCGUUCGUCGCCUGCUUUGCCUCACCGAAAUCUGCAUUGUUGAGCGUGAUCCGGCAUCUUAUGCUGUUGUAUGCGCGACACCUCUGGAACAAAUUGUAUGCUUGGUUCGCUUGGAAAAAGAUCCACAGCAGUUUGUUGUCGAGUAUAAGAAUGGUGAGGGGCGUGUCUAUUCAGCUGCAGAAAGGGAUCUUAUUAUUGCCUCACUUAUUGACGGAGCUCGUGCUGCUGGCAAUGAACAGGUUUUCGUCACCGGCCACCGUUUCGAUCAGGCUUUGAGAUUGUUACCUCAUGGACAGAUUUUGGACGAGGACGGUGAAUCACAGUGCAUGAGGCAUGUCAUAGCACCACCACCUGGACUGAAGAGAUCUGAUCUCAUAAGACGGUUCAAUGCCAAUAUACCGUAUACGGGAUUAACAUAUUCUGUCUCUCAAGAGGGAUUUUUCACUGAAAAUAAAGGAAAGGUGAUCGUCGGUGCAUUAGAAGCUGUUCUAGGCGAAUGUUACGAAAAAGAUGACCCCAACUAUGUUUACAAGUGUGAGGCACAAUUACAAUGUUUGCGGCGAUUAUUUGCGUCAAAGAGUGGGUUUCAAGCCUUCACAGAGGUUCCUGGAGUUCGUGAAAAACUGGGUGCAUUGGUGAUUCGAUUACUUUCGUACAAGAACGAGGCUAUCGAUUAUGCGACUGUGGAGGCACUAUGUGCUUUGAUGCAUCCAAUGCACAAUCACUAUGAGUUGCGCACUGAACAAUUGAACAAGCAGAGCUUACUCAGCAGUACAAAAUUUGUUGAGCAUUUACUGGACCUCAUCGUUAAUCACGUAGAACGUGGUACUGGAUGGCUUGUUAUUGCUGCAAUGCUUGAUUUCCUGACUUACGCAGUCUGUGCACCAUACAGCGAGACGACAGCCGGUGAACAGUUCGACCAGAUACUCAAGCUGGUUGCUGCGCGAGGUCAAAGUUUCUAUCGUCUUUUCCAAUGUCCUAGCAUGACAAUUGUCAAAGGCGCUGGAAUGGUGAUGCGAGCUAUCAUUGAAGAGUCGGACGUGGAAACAUCAAAAUCAAUGCAGAUGUUAGCACUUACAGAAGGCGCAUUUCUGACACAUUUGAGGAUGGCGUUACUGACGACAGGGAAGGAUCUGGAGGUUCUCACAAAUAAACAACUGAGUGGUCAUUUGAUCGGUCUUUGGAUUGCAGAUAAUCGUCCAGCUAAUGACCUUUUGAGUCGAUGUCUUCCUCGGGGUCUAUUGGACUUUUUGGAUUCUAGCGAUCCAGUGCCUGUGAAGGAACAAGAUUUGCUGAUCCCACGAAAUAAUCUAGAAGCGGCAACAAACGAGUUACGGCAGAGCGCCUUGAAGGAAAAGCUGGAAAGUUUCAGAGUAUCAGCUGAGGCAGGUUUGGAACGAUUUAUCCAACAUUGGGACCUUGAACAGAAAUUGAAUUUCAUACCCAAGAAGACUGAUGAUAAACAGCGGCAGCGACCGGUAGUUUUACGAAAGAGGCGGCAGCGUGUUAGGAAUUCAGUAAACUGGAAGCUGUUUGCGUAUCAAUUUGGACGGGAUCAUUCUCAAGCUGAUCUGCUGUGGAAUGAAAAGACCCGAGAGGAGUUUAGGUUAUCUAUAGAGGGUGAACUUCGUGCACUUCUGAACGAAAAAGAGCAAGCACCGGCAGAUAUGCCGAUCUCAUGGAAUCAUACCGAAUUCCAGGUUUCUGUUCUUUCACUUUUAUUUCAAACGGAAUUUUUCAACAACGUUUAUCAUCGUUUUCUAUUGUCCUCGCGAAGUGAGAUGAGAUGCUUAUGUCUGCGUGCCAUGGCCGUUACUUAUGGUCGCCAUCACAUGACAAUAGGACCGUUUGAGGAUGCGCGCCACUUUGUCAGCAUGCUCGCCAAGUGUACAAAUGCAGCAGAAAGGGACCAUUUCAUUUUGCUAAUUUCAAAGUUAGUUCUGAACAAAGAUAACGUGCGUGAGCUGAUCGGUUCCUCACUUCUUCCAAUUCUCGUCGACCUGGCUGUGCUGGCUCAUCUUCAUGUUCAACGUGCCAAAAUUCAGAAUCAAACAAACGUAAUAGAAGCUAGCGCUGAUCAACUCUCAGAAGGGAAUUCCGCUGAGUGGUACUACGCCACCAGUGAUAACAACAAGGAACGGCUCGGACCGUUUUCUUUUGAGAAGAUGAAAACUUUGUACGGGGAGAAGAAGAUAUUCGAAAAAACGGCGGUAUGGGCAGCAGGAAUGGAGAAGUGGGAACCACUCAGUAAGGUGCCGCAGUUUCGUUGGACUGUGUGCCUUGGGAACCAACAGCACUUCCCUAUGUGGUGCAAACUUUUUCUUCUCAACUUGCAAAGUUGGCACGGAGACCGCGUGCUAAUCACCUUCACGCAGCUUAUGCUCGCUGUGUCUAGAUAUAAUGAUCCAGAUGUGCGAAUUCUUUCCAUCGAGGAUAAUCCUUUCCUUCCUCGAUUGUAUUUAUCCGGUGUAUUCUUCUUUAUUCUCAUGUAUAACGGUUCUAAUGUUUUACCGAUUGCUAGGUUUUUACAUUACACACAUAAGAAGCAAGCAUUCCGUACCGCAUUGCCUCAACUGGAGGGAACGUCACAGUCUAUUCUUGCCCCGCUGCUCCCAGCUGCAGCCAUCUUUUACCUGGAUGAGUAUGGGCCAGACAAGUACGCAGAGGUCUUCCUGGGAGAGUUCGAUAAUCCGGAGAUCAUUUGGAGUACCCAGAUGAGGCGCCAUCUUAUUGAGCGAAUUGCUGUGCACGUUUCCGACUUUUCCAAUCGCCUCACCUCAAACGUGAAGGCUUUGUAUCAGUACUGUCCGAUCCCUCUAAUUGACUAUCCUGAACUACAGAAUGAACUGUUCUGCUACGUAUAUUACCUGCGACAUCUUUGCGAUCGGCAACGAUUUCCUGAUUGGGAAAUUAGGGAUCCGAUUCCUUUCCUACGUGCUUGCUUAGCAGCAUGGUUUGAGGAGUUGGAGAAAAAGCCACCGGUGAUGUCAGUUGAACAAGCACGAGAAACUCUCGGUCUGAACACCAUGGAUGAUGGAUGGCAGGACAUGUCAGUGAUCCGUCGUGCCUACUUUAAAUUGGCAGCACGUUACCAUCCUGAUAAAAAUCCGGAAGGUCGUGAGAUGUUCGAGCGAAUCAACACGGCUUACGAGUUGCUGUCAAGUGACGCUGGUCGAUCAUCGAUGCCUGACCCACAGCGCAUUGUUUUAUUCCUUCAGGCGCAGAGCAUCAUUUAUAGCCGUCAUUCCCAAGAGCUGUCUGCUUACAAGUACGCUGGUUAUGGUCAAUUGAUUCGAACAAUCGACCUUGAGGCCAAGAACUCCUCACUAUUCCAAGAAGGUGGCGGCGCGUUACUCAGCGCAGCUGUGGAACUGGCCAACCAUACAUUGAUGAGUAGCGCGCUGAAUGCUGAACAGUUACGAAGAGAACAAGGGUUAGAGGCUCUUCAAAUAGCAUUCGAUCGCUGUGUGCCGGUAAUAACCGCGAGUUCCACACCAACAGAUAUGGCCGUACAAGUUUGCGAACAUAUUUGUAAUUGUUUUGCUACUGCUGCUAGCUUUGAAGCUUGUCGUCAGCGAAUCGCAGAGAUGCCCACUGUGUUCGGCAACAUAUGUCGAUUGCUCCAAUUCCCGGAUCUCCCCCGGCUGUCAUCGGCUGCUGCUCAGUGUGUCUGUUCGAUGGCUGUGGACACCCUGCUGCAGACUCAAUUGUUCCAGUCAGGUGUACUGUGGCAACUUGUUCCACAUCUUUUCCAUUACGACUUCACUCUCGAUGAAGGCGGCGUUUCCCAUAGUGAGCAAUCAAACAAGCAAGCAAUGGCAAAUCGUCUGGCUCGGGUCAGUUGUGAAGCGUUAGCAUGUCUGGCUGGAUUCAGAGAAGCUACCCCCGAUAACGAUGGUGUCCAGAACAGUUUGCGAGCACUCCUGACGCCGUACGUUUGCCGAUGUAUGCGAACAGAAAGUAAUGAUAUGGUUCUGAAAACCCUGAAUUGUAACACGGAGAAUCCAUAUCUCAUCUGGGAUAAUGGGACUCGUGCCGAGGUGCUGGAGUUCGUUGAACGACAUCGCACAUCGAGAGAACAAACGAGUGAAUUGUUUGGCGCAGAGUUCCAACUGUCGAUUCACGCUAAAGAAUUGAUCGUUGGUGAUAUAUUUGUGCGGAUCUACAACGAACAGCCGACCUUUGUUCUACAACUAUUCUCCAGGCCGCCGCAGAAAGUGGCUAUGGAUUUGUUGGAUUUCAUGGGACGCCAUGCACCUGAGCUCACCGGAGGUUUACUGUACAUAUUGUCGGUAUUGUGUUCCUCUGAGAGCGACCCCGGUGAGAGGUUGCUGGCUGCUGAAUUGUUAACAAAACUUCAGUCCGACAAAUUGACCGGACCUCGAUGGACCCGUUUCAUAACAAAGUACCUGCCACCAAUCUUUGCGGACGCUCUUCGAGAUUCUCCUAACACAGCCAUCACGAUGUUCGAUUCGACCAAUGAGAAUCCAGAGCUGAUAUGGAAUGAGACGACACGCGUCAAAGUGCGACAGAUUAUUGAACGAGGGACAGAGGAGCUGUAUCGAGCGCAGUCUAGCAACCCUGAGCACAAAUGGGACACCGGGUCAUUAACUGACAACACUUGUGCCUAUUCUGAUUCGGUAACGGGCGAAUUAGUCGUUGGUGGUGUUUUCGUCCGAUUAUACGUCGCAAAUCCGGCAUGGGCUGUUCGACAUCCGCGACAGUUUGCUACAGAACUUAUUGAGAAGGUUCUGGAGUUAAUGAAUAAGCCGAGUGCAGACCUAACACUUGUGACGACUGCAUUCAUUGAGCUGCUGCGGAACUUCCCCAAUACAGCUGACCAGUUGCCAGCGCAAGGAUAUCUCCCCCAGUUCAGUAAGGCGAUGUCAGCUCGAGAUCCCCAAACUUCUCGCUCGGCUAUUUUAAUACUUCAACAACUUGCUGAAAAUCACUAUUGUGCUGAUGCUCUUUCUCGAAUCAAUUGUAUUGAAGGAAUUAUGACAUCCAUGAAGAAUCAGCCAACCUUGAUGCAUGAAUCUGCGCAUGCGUUGAAAUGCUUAAUGCGGAGGAACAACGGUGACUUGGCAGCACAGAUGCUGUCAACAAAAAUGGUCGACUAUUUGCUUGAAGUACUCCAUGGUGACCUGCCGGGCACAUCUACGGGUGUCGCUGGAUACCUCACGGAGGGAAUGUUCAGUCCACCACCGCUGCACACUCAACCUCCGCCGAUGGAGAAGAGUGGCUUUUAA